AUGGUAGACUUCGAUCCAAAGUACUUGGCACCGGGGCCAGUAUCCGAUCAUCAUCUUCAUGGGGACCUCAAAAAGUACCUAUACGUUACUGACCCACAUGUGGCGAAUCAUCGAAUGAGGUUCAAACUACUGUUAGAUACAAUCCGAGGGAUAGCAUACAUUCACUCGCAAAGAAUUGUGCAUGGUGACCUCAAGGCGCAAAAUAUAUUAGCUGCUGGAGAUGGGGAAGUUGCCAAAAUCUGUUAUUUUGGGUCUUCUGCCAUCGAAUGCGCAUGCUACGCACAUCCCGAAAACAGACCAGCAGGGACGCCUCAGUGGUAUAGUCCCGAGCUCUGGAUAUCGACGAAGGAAGACGAUGAUGAUAUCGAGAGAUCGCGUACUCAACAGUCUGACAUAUGGGCAUUUGGUUGCGUCACGUUAGAAGUUCAAAUGGGAAUGAUGCCUUGGGACCCUUUUUAUAAGGGUAGUCAACAUGGUACGAUGAGUCGCCAACAGCGCGCAGGGACAGGCCCACCAGCGACUGCGGAAGGUUUGGAGUUAGGAGAACACCCGAUCAAGCAGCGAAAGCGCCCAAGUGCUGCACAGCUAUUGAGAGAUUGGGAAGAAGUCGCUACGAACUCGGAAGGGGUUUGA